AGCAUUAUGAAACACUGGCCAAUAGAGCGGCAGAGAAUGGUCACGUGAUCGAUAUAUUUUCAUGCGCGUUGGAUCAAACAGGUCUUUACGAGAUGAAGUAUUGUCCAAAUCUUACAGGGUGAGCAAUGAAAGUUUUCAAUAUAAAUUAAGCCCUCUAGUUAAGGGCUGGGAUGAAUGGUGUCACGAAAAUGUUUUCCUGAUCUUAAAAGAUAGUUCGAAUCAAGUUUAUACUGUUAGUGGAAGCAAACUAAGCUAAUUAAGCUUUGAAAUGUCAUUUUGGAUGUUUAUCAAAGCCGUAAUAAGAGCUUUAUUAAACGCAUCAUCCCGUUUUUAUUAGUCAGCCCGGCUCGAUAUGAACAGUCCCUUAUUUAAAACAUUACGCAAGUUAUUUGAGUUCAGUGCAUGACUUGAAAUAGCGAUCUCAAACUCAUUAAUAAUUCAUGAGUAAAUUAGCCAACCAUAUUGCUUUAUUUUGCUCACAUGAUAAUUAACAAUUAUACCAUUCGCUCUCGUCGUAUAUGAGCUUUAUUAAACGCAUCAUCCCGUUUUUAUUAGUCAGCCCGGCUCGAUAUGAACAGUCCCUUAUUUAAAACAUUACGCAAGUUAUUUGAGUUCAGUGCAUGACUUGAAAUAGCGAUCUCAAACUCAUUAAUAAUUCAUGAGUAAAUUAGCCAACCAUAUUGCUUUAUUUUGCUCACAUGAUAAUUAACAAUUAUACCAUUCGCUCUCGUCGUAUAUGAGCUUUAUUAAACGCAUCAUCCCGUUUUUAUUAGUCAGCCCGGCUCGAUAUGAACAGUCCCUUAUUUAAAACAUUACGCAAGUUAUUUGAGUUCAGUGCAUGACUUGAAAUAGCGAUCUCAAACUCAUUAAUAAUUCAUGAGUAAAUUAGCCAACCAUAUUGCUUUAUUUUGCUCACAUGAUAAUUAACAAUUAUACCAUUCGCUCUCGUCGUAUAUGAGCUUUAUUAAACGCAUCAUCCCGUUUUUAUUAGUCAGCCCGGCUCGAUAUGAACAGUCCCUUAUUUAAAACAUUACGCAAGUUAUUUGAGUUCAGUGCAUGACUUGAAAUAGCGAUCUCAAACUCAUUAAUAAUUCAUGAGUAAAUUAGCCAACCAUAUUGCUUUAUUUUGCUCACAUGAUAAUUAACAAUUAUACCAUUCGCUCUCGUCGUAUAUGAGCUGAUAGCCGACGAGGUGCGUAGCACCGAGUCGGCUAUCAGCCAUAUACGACGAGAGCGAAUGGUAUAAUUGUUUUAUAAUAUAGUCUAAUAUAGCCAUUAACUGAAGCAGUAAUUAAUUAUUCACUGUUACAAUGUGUUGACAAUUUUUUCGGCCAAAAACCGCUUGAAAAUUUGAAAUACUUUUGUUUUACAACUCGAAGACGAAGUUGAAAGAAAUGGUUUUAGAACCUCUAUAUCUCACAGGAAGGCUCAGAUAUAUUAUACAGAUGUUUGGUACUAUAGUAAGUGCUUGUUGACUGCAAAUUCAUUUGUCGUUCAUUGCAAACUUUUCUGAACAAUUUAUAUUAUCAACGAACAUGUUUUUUCGCUGUUGUUUCGGUAUUAAUUCUUUAAAAAACUUGAAUUUAAACUAAUUUCUACGUAAUAAAUGUAUUUUGCUAACCUGUCAAAUUUUUUUUGAGAGUUUUUCCUUGUACUAUUAUGUUUCUCAAAGCGAAUAUUUUCCUUUUUCUGCUUCGCAAAACUCAUGUAGUCUUUGGACCGCCAUCUUGUUUUUCGCUACUCGCCGUAUAUGAGCUGAUAUACGGCGAGUAAUUCAACCAAUCAGAUUGCAGAACAGCUCAUAUACGGUGGAUGACUAUAUUAUAAUACUGGAUACGUGGUGAAGUAUGUUGAUUCGGUUCUUGGACCGGAUCAAAAUUAAUUCAGUUCUUGGACUGGAUCAAAAUUAAUUCACCUCACUUUCAGUAGUAAUUUAUUCGUAUGUCAUUUCAAAUCCUCCUUGACCAAAUUGCGCGGACUUGAAAUCUAUAGUCCAGUCUUCAGAGUCGGAUUUGAAAUAUUAUACUUCCCAAAGUUCCCGAUCAUGGUGACUUUCCCUGCUUUUUCUCAUUGAAAACCCUGUUUUUCCGCCGAUCAUAAACGAUUUCUUGCCGAUCAUUGAUCUUUGCUCGGCUGUUAUUUCAAGCGCUGACAGUGGGACAUCGUUUCUUGCAGUGGUCACAUGGUGAUGGGAGAUUCCUUCAACACAGCUCUAUUUAAACAGACGUUCCAGAGAAUGUUUUCAAAAGAUGUACGCGGUGAAUAUAAAAUGGCGUUUGGGGGAACUCUAGAAGUGAAGGUAACGUUUAUGAUAGUUGACAGUUAUGUUUUAUUUCGUAAUACUGUCGAAUUAUGGUUUCAAUAUUAUUAGAGACCUACAGUUGUGUCAUUCUGGUACAUCUUUUUUCAGCCACGUAUACAGUAUACAGUAUGUAGCUUACUUUUUACUGGUACCAUAUGACAUUCUCCAAGUUCAAAGUAUUCAAAACCGUAAUUCAAUCGGUAUAUAUGAGACCCUGACAUGUUUUGGCAUGAAACAUGAUUGGACUGAUGAGUCGAUAAGGAAUGCUGGAAUCAACUCUAAUGCUUGUAUUUAUUUGCAAUUGUGCUCCUUGUCCUAUAACUCGUAGUUUCAGGUUACUGCAUGAAUAAAUACCUUUCUGAAACCUGUAUUUUAUGUACUUCAUUUCGAAGACUAAGCUAUAGUAAACUGUAUGUCUUGAGUCUUAAGUUAGUGUAGGCUCGUGGUGCUAUCACUAUCUGCGCGCUUGAUUAAAUGGUUUUCUAUAACUCGUGGUUUCAGGUUACUAAAUAAAUACCUUUUUAGAAAACUGGGUUUUCCGGGCUGCAAAGUCAUUGUAACGGCUAUCGCCCACAGCACCCCCCCCCCCCCCAGAAAUUAUUGGGUGGGGGCAAGUCUGUAGUAUUCGCCAGCUAGUGCUGAAUAUCAAGACGUUUUACAGCACCUGGUAGAAAAUUCCGCAACAUAUAUAUAACCGAAAUUGUUCUACCAUUCUGUUUUUAGACAUCUAAAGAACUCAAUGUCUCUGGGUGUAUUGGACCGUGUAUAUCUGUGGAUAGGAAAGGACCAAAUGUUUCAGAAACAGUGCGUAUACUUAACUGUUCGCAUUUAAUUUUGACAUAUACCAGUAGAAACCCGCGUACAAGAACGUGUAGUUUAAAAAACCUGUAGAUUAAGAACCUGGUAGGACUUCUUAUAAUAAGAACCUAUCUUUUGGCUAUAUAGUUUUUGAGUUAACAAUGAUUGUUGUUUUGCAUACAGGAAGUUUUAAAUUAUACACCAUCGAAAUGAUAGUUGGCCCCCCUAGAUUUGCACCCACGGGAAUCUGGAUUGAUUUUAUGUUAUGAUGGACUUUUUCGUAAACAAGCUGCGAUGUUUGACAGGGAAAGAACAUGUUGAUUAGUGUGAACGGUAAAUCCAGAGGUCUAAGAAGCACAGCCACUGUGACUGCCCAAGCAUGUUUUAGAACUGCAAAUUUAGGUAUAACGAAAAAUAAUUUUGCAGAAAUCUUACACCUAGUAAAUAUUUUAUUAUAGUCUAUACAGUAAAUAGCCAAACAAGCAACUCGAGUGAAUAAUCGCGUAAACAUAGUCAAAAAUUUUAUUUUUAAACAUUGCAGUUUGUUUAUACGAACUCCGUUGAAGUUCAAGAGUGGUCACAGGGUGCCAAAAAGUUCAUCACGUGGUACAUGAAAUCAAUCCUGUGCAUGCUUAUCUCGAGAGACCACUUCGGCGAUUUUGAUAGUAAAAGUAUAGUUACUCAUCGAAUUUCCUGCAUGAUAUACAAUGUUGAAUUCAAACGUCUGCUUGUGUAUUUUUGAAGGAAAUUGGCGUGGGUGGAACAUCAGCUUGGAAACUUUGUGGAUUUGAUUCAGCAACAACGUUAGCUGUGUUCCUCGAAAUAGUAAAUCAAGUAAGUUACUAUAUGCUAUGUAUUAUGAUAAAUGUAUUAUGAUGAUGUGUUGUUUUUUGUGUUGUGCUUUGCUAUGGCUUUCUGGUUAACUGUUGUGUUGCAUUGUGUUAUGUUGUGUUGUGUUGUGUUGUCCUUCAUUCCUCUUUAUUGUAUAGCAUUCUCUGCACUACUCAGCUCCACUGUAUUGAACAUAUGACAAAGUCUAUAUAUUUAUGUGGCCUUAAAGUAUAUAUCCUUACUUUUCAUUACUGCAGCAUACAGCUCCAGUACCUCAGGGCUCGCGAGGUUGCAUACAAUUCAUAACACAAUACCAACACUCUAGUGGUCAGCGAAGAAUACGUGUUACGACAUGCGCAAGAAAUUGGGUUGAUGCAGGGAAUUUAGCACACGUAUCUCUGGGUAGGUGCAAGAUCAUAGCGCAUUAACGCACCAUAACGUCGUUAUUGCAUAUUAGUAAUUUUACUAACUUAACGUUAUUUUAUGCGUAUUUUGCAUGAGAAUUCAACGUUACCCAUAGACCAAAUUUCGUUUUGAUAUAUUUUUCUCUUAUAUUUUAAGUCUUGUACACAUUCUUUAAAAAUACUUUUUCAGAGAAAAAAGUGUUCACAUUAAAAAAAAAACAACACGUUGUUAUCAUUAGGUUUAAGGUUAUGUCAAACUAUUGCUUAGGGUCCGGGUUGGGUUAGGCAUUGGGGUAAGGGUUCGUACGCCCCCUGGAAACCCUGGAAGUCCUGCAUGGAAACUCCAUGAAAAGUCGUGGAAUUUCAAAGUAAUCCCUGAAAACCCCUAGAAAACUAAACUGACAUGUACGAUACUUAAGUAUUUUAGUAAGAUUAAUUACAAAACGUUCUUGCACCUAGCGUACCGAUCUUUUUAGAUAGUUACAUUACUUGAUAGCGAUAUUUGUAGUGAAAAACUUGUCGAAGUAUUGUUGAAAAUAAUUUUGUCAUACAGUGCUUCAAAUAUCCCUGGGAAACUUCCGGCAAAUAUAAGAGAACAAAGUCCUUAAAGAUCCUGGAUUUUUAGAAUUAUGAAAGUGUACGAUUUCUGGGGUUGGGUUAGGAAUGCGGCUAAGAAUUCAGAUUUACGUUUAGGGUUAAGCUUAGCUUAGGUUGUAGACUCAAACCAUCCGAUUUAGACUCGAGUCGCAAUCUUUGUGACUUGUAAUUUAACUUAUUUUAACUUAUUAAUCAGAUUAACGACUAGACUUGGACUCGAACAAAAGGACUUGUGGCUUGAUUUGUGAGCUUGGAUGACUUCCCAGUACAGAAUGACUUGCGUCUUGACUUGGUCACAGACAAAAUGACUGGUGACUUGAUUUAACUUGCUAUACUCGGAGUGAAUGACUUGACUCAGACUCGGAUUAAGUGACUCAUGAUUUGACUUGGACUUGUCAAAAACUGCUUGUGACUUCACUUGUACUUACAAAUUAAAACUCAGUAAAGGGUUUGUUGUAAGGUUUAGGGUUGGGUUUAGAGUUUGAGUUAGAGUUUGGUUUAAGGAUUAGGUUAAGGAUUAAAAAACAAGCAUGGUGUCACUGCGAUAUAAUCUAACUCCGACCUUAUGUGUAGGUUUCGACCAGGAGACAUCGUGUGUCAUGAUGAGUCGUAUAGCUGUAUUCCGAGCAGAGACAGACGAAGGACCCGAUGUUCUCAGGUGGCUAGACAGAAUGUUAAUCAGAUUAAGUCAGAAAUUUGGAGAAUUUAAUAAAGAAGAUCCGAGUUCGUUCCGUUUAGCAGAAAAUUUCUCACUAUAUCCACAGGUACGUGGAAUUUGUUGUAUUGCUACACUCUAAACACGCCCCGGUUAAAGUUUUUGAAAUCACAUUUGUCCACCUAUGUGCAUAAUAUUAAAGCAGUGCAGAAGAAAAGAAAAACCAAUUAAUCUCUAAUGUGUCAUGCUAAACAACAACGCCCUGGGCAAAAUAGGAAACAUUGUCGUGGAAACAUUUGUGAUCGUCGAUGUUUCCACAAAUGUUUCCCUGUUUGUCCACCUGUAGAUGAGAUUAAUUUCAUAAAGUUUGCUCUGAAGUUUUAGGUUAACCUUGGAUUAAGUUAACUGGCCUACGAACAGCCCCUGGAUGUUUUUACUGCAGUACUGGUCUCAGAACUAGAAUUGGAUAAAAUAUUAAAAUAUUAAAUAUUAAAAUAUAAAAUAUAAAAAAUUAUAAAAUAUUAAAGCAGUGCAGAAGAAAAGAAAAACCAAUUAAUCUCUAAUGUGUCAUGCUAAACAACAACGCCCUGGGCAAAAUAGGAAACAUUGUCGUGGAAACAUUUGUGAUCGUCGAUGUUUCCACAAAUGUUUCCCUGUUUGUCCACCUGUAGAUGAGAUUAAUUUCAUAAAGUUUGCUCUGAAGUUUUAGGUUAACCUUGGAUUAAGUUAACUGGCCUACGAACAGCCCCUGGAUGUUUUUACUGCAGUACUGGUCUCAGAACUAGAAUUGGAUAAAAUAUUAAAAUAUUAAAUAUUAAAAUAUAAAAUAUAAAAAAUUAUAAAAUAUUAAAGCAGUGCAGAAGAAAAGAAAAACCAAUUAAUCUCUAAUGUGUCAUGCUAAACAACAACGCCCUGGGCAAAAUAGGAAACAUUGUCGUGGAAACAUUUGUGAUCGUCGAUGUUUCCACAAAUGUUUCCCUGUUUGUCCACCUGUAGAUGAGAUUAAUUUCAUAAAGUUUGCUCUGAAGUUUUAGGUUAACCUUGGAUUAAGUUAACUGGCCUACGAACAGCCCCUGGAUGUUUUUACUGCAGUACUGGUCUCAGAACUAGAAUUGGAUAAAAUAUUAAAAUAUUAAAUAUUAAAAUAUAAAAUAUAAAAAAUUAUAAAAUAUUAAAGCAGUGCAGAAGAAAAGAAAAACCAAUUAAUCUCUAAUGUGUCAUGCUAAACAACAACGCCCUGGGCAAAAUAGGAAACAUUGUCGUGGAAACAUUUGUGAUCGUCGAUGUUUCCACAAAUGUUUCCCUGUUUGUCCACCUGUAGAUGAGAUUAAUUUCAGAAAGUUUGCUCUGAAGUUUUAGGUUAACCUUGGAUUAAGUUAGCCGGCCUACGAACAGCCCCUGGAUGUUUUUACUGCAGUACUGGUCUCAGAACUAGAAUUGGAUAAAGCAUCUGCUAUGCAUACACUGUAUGAAGUCAGUGGCGGUCAUAUUGAUAUAACCACCAUAUUUCAUACCAUGUUUCUAUUUUUUCUAGUUUAUGUUCCACUUAAGACGUUCACAAUUUUUACAAUACUUCAAUAACAGUCCAGAUGAGACUUCAUAUUACAGGUCAGUUUUGACUACGUCCACACAAC